AUGUUCUCCAAGUUCACCUCCAUCCUGCAGCACGCCGUGGAGGCGCUUGCACCUUCCCUUCCAUUACAAGAAGAUUUUGUUUACCACUGGAAAGCAAUCACCCAUUACUACAUAGAGACAUCAGAUGACAAAGCUCCUGUGACUGAUACCAACAUUCCCUCUCACCUGGAACAGAUGUUGGAUAUUCUCGUUCAAGAGGAAAAUGAGAGGGAGUCGGGUGAAACAGGACCAUGUAUGGAAUAUUUGCUACAUCACAAGAUCUUGGAGACACUCUACACACUAGGAAAAGCUGAUUGUCCUCCAGGAAUGAAACAACAAGUUUUGGCUUUUUAUACAAAACUUCUUGGAAGAAUAAGGCAACCUCUUCUUCCCCACAUAAACGUGCAUAGGCCAGUGCAGAAAUUAAUCAGGCUAUGUGGUGAAGUUUUGGCAACUCCAACAGAAAAUGAAGAAAUUCAGUUUCUCUGUAUAGUAUGUGCAAAGCUGAAACAGGAUCCAUACCUGGUCAACUUCUUUCUUGAGAAUAAGUUAAAAAUAAUGACUUCCAAAGGAUCAGCAAAUGUAAUCACAGAAGACAUGCUAAAAGGCCAAGACUCUCUGACAACAGACACGGGACAGCCUCUUCAGCCUGAAGAAACACCUGGUGCUGCUGGAGCAGAGCAAAUGGAGAAGGAGGAUGACCUCCCACAACAGGCAGAUGAUCUCUCUUUCAGUCUGGAUGAGUUAAAUGUCACAUCACCUGAGUCCUCCUCUGGUUGUCCAAAUCAAGACUAUAAUUUAGUGAAUUCUCUACUAAACCUCACUAAAAGUCCUGACGGCCGAAUAGCAGUGAAGGCCUGUGAAGGCCUCAUGCUUUUGGUGAGUUUGCCAGAGCCAGCAGCUGCCAAGUGCCUGACUCAAAGCACUUGUUUAUGUGAACUGUUGACGGACAGGCUGGCCACCCUCUACAAAGCCCUGCCUCAGUCACUGGAUCCCUUAGACAUCGAGACAGUGGAGGCAAUUAACUGGGGUUUGGAUUCCUAUAGCCACAAAGAAGAUGCCUCUGCUUUUCCAGGGAAAAGAGCGUUGAUUUCAUUUCUUUCAUGGUUUGACUACUGUGAUCAACUCAUCAAAGAAGCACAAAAGACUACUGCUGUUGCUAUGGCAAAAGCUGUGCAGGAACGAUUUUUCAUUGAUGUUAUGGAACCCCAGCUGAUGCAAACUUCAGAGAUUGGAAUCCUCACAUCAACUGCACUAUUGCAUCGCAUUGUUCGUCAAGUGACUUCAGACGUCUUGCUGCAGGAAGUAGUUUAUUUUAUACUUGGAGAACACAGGGAGCCAGAAACUUUGGCAGACAUCAACAGACAUCCAUUGCGACAUAGGUUAAUUGAACACUGUGAUCAUAUUUCUGACGAGAUCAGCAUAAUGACUUUGCGGAUGUUUGAGCACCUUUUGCAAAAACCCAAUGAGCACAUCCUUUAUAACUUGGUUCUGAGAAAUUUAGAAGAAAGAAACUAUAUGGAAUAUAGGCCUCUCUGUCAAGAAGAUAAAGAUGUGGUGGAGAAUGGACAGAUUGCAGGAGCAGUAGACCUAGAGGAAGAUCCAUUAUUUACUGACCUGUCUCCAGAUAACACAUUGUCAGCUCAAGAGUGGCUCAGUGCUUCUCCACCUGUCAGUCCAGAACAUCCAAAAAAUGAUGGGAAGACUGAAGUCCAUAAAAUUGUAAAUAGUUUUCUCUGUCUUGUACCUGAUGAAGCUAAGUCGUCCUAUCAUGUGGAGGGUACAGGCUAUGAUACUUACCUCAGAGAUGCCCACAGACAGUUCCGGGACUAUUGUGUCAUCUGCUUACGGUGGGAGUGGCCUGGGUCUCCCAGAUCUUUAGAAAAGUGCAAUUUAGAAGCGUCGUUUUUUGAAGGACACUUCUUGAAAGUCCUGUUUGAAAGAAUGGGCAGAAUUCUUGAUCAGCCCUAUGAUGUAAAUUUGCAAGUUACGUCAGUGUUGUCCAAGCUGUCCUUAUUUCCCCAUCCUCACAUACAUGAAUACCUUUUGGAUCCUUAUGUAAACCUAGCUUCUGGCUGCAGGUCUCUCUUCUCUGUUAUUGUCAGGGUUGUUGGGGACCUCAUGGUUAGAAUUCAGCGCAUCCCAGAUUUCACUCCCAAACUUCUGCUGGUCAGAAAACGCCUGCUGGGCUUGGAGCCAGAAGGGCCCAUCAUUGACCACAUGACGUUACUAGAGGGCGUGAUUGUGCUGGAAGAAUUCUGCAAAGAGCUGGCAGCAAUUGCAUUUGUGAAGUAUCAUGCCUCAUCUACACCAUAAGCAGCCUUGAUGAGCAGCCAGGGUGUAAAGCCACCUAGCUUGUUUCAGUCAAAAAGACUGUUAACAACAACCAGAUCAGAAGAGGUGGUGCCUCCUGGCAGAGUCAGCUGACAUUUGGCAGAAUUGGAAGACAAGUUGCUUGUACCAGAUGUUGACACUGCAUGAGAAAGGGGAUUCAG